CGCCGGAGGAGGCGGGAGCGUUGCGGUGCGUGGCGAUUUUAAAACCUAAAGGAAGAUGUCUUGUUUCCCCAAAAUUUUUUUCCAACGUGAAGUUGAAGAGUAUCUCACCAAAGUGUUCAGAAACAACGAGCUUAUCACUGCUUUAGGUACACAGGAGGCAGAGAGUAAAUACCAAUCUCUCUUAAGUCAUCUAUCUCAUCCACCAGCUUUCUCAACUGUUAGAGUUAAUACCCACUUGGCCUCAGUGAAACAUGUGAAAAAAUUGCUGUUUGAAGAGAUCCAGAAGCAAUUUAAAGGACUAUGUGUUCCAGUUCUUGAGCACCCGAAACUCCAGGACAUCUUAAUAAUUCCUGUCAUUGGACCCAGGCGAGAUUUAAAAAAACACACAUCUGAAGUCAUUGUUGGAGCCCAAUGUGGAUAUGCAGUACUUCGAGGAGCACAUGUUUAUGUCCCUGGAAUCAUAUCUACCUCAAAAUUUCUGAAAGCUGGAGAUCUGGUCUCUGUGUAUUCAGAUAUUGAAGGGAAAUGUAAAAAAGGAGCCAAAGAAUUUGAAGGAGUCAAAGUUUUCCUUGGAAAUGGGAUUUCCGAACUGAGUCGCAGUGAAAUCUUUAGUUCAAGUGGCCCAUUAAAUGGGAUGGGCAUAAGAAUGAUAGAGCCAGUCUACCUUAGUCCUUCUUUUGACAAUGUGCUCCCUAGUCAAUUGUUUUUACAGAACUUGCCUUCUGUGGUUGUGAGCCAUAUUUUAAACCCUCAGCCAGGCGAGAGAAUUUUGGAUAUGUGUGCUGCACCUGGAGGAAAAACAACCCAUCUUGCAGCAUUAAUGCAUGACCAGGGUGAAGUAAUAGCCAUGGACAAGAUAGCUAACAAGGUCAAAAAAAUUAAGCAGAACACUGAAUUGCUGCAGUUGAAUUGCAUUAAGGCUUUUUGCUAUGAUGGAACCAAGGCACUUUCAGUUGAGAAGAGAGAGGAUGAACAAGAAGGACCUCCAUUCUUACCAGAGUCAUUUGACAGAAUUCUUCUUGAUGCUCCAUGUAGUGGGAUGGGACAGAGACCAAACAUGGCUUAUGCCUCGACUUUAAAGGAAGUGACCUCUUAUAAACCACUACAACGCAAGCUUUUCACGGUGGCAGUGAAAUUGCUGAAACCAGGAGGUGUUUUAGUAUAUAGUACAUGUACGAUUACACUCUCUGAAAAUGAGGAGCAAGUUGCUUGGGCCCUGAAAACUUUUCCAUGCCUCCGGCUUCAGCCACAGGAACCUCACAUUGGAGGAGAAGGCAUGAGGGGAGCUGGUCUGCCUCUUGAUCAGUUGAAGCUGCUGCAGAGAUUUGAUCCAUCUGCUGUGACGCUGCAAGGAAUGGAUAUUAAUUCUUUGCAAGAUUUCACGGAAGAUGAUCUGAUUUUACUGGCAAAUAAGGACUGUAUAGGAUUUUUUAUUGCAAAGUUUAUUAAAUUGAACAGUAAAUAAGCAUUUAGGAAUGCCACCUGAAAAAAUACCUCUGUGUGUCUACGGACAGUUGAGACAUAAAGUGUGUUUCUCAGUGCUGCAACGUUGCCAAGCCAACGGGCUGACGGCAGGGUUGCUAUGGCAGCCAUAAAAUCUGCCAGCUGUUCUGCUGGGAAAGAGCCACAGGUUGCAGAAAGAAAAUCAUGUCUGGGGGAAGGGCAGCAUCAUUUUUAAGUCUCCAUUUGCUUUUGUAUUUACAGGAGGUCAGUGCAUGAAUGACAAGUAUGUUCACUCACACUGAUGUCUGCUCUGUCUUUCCCCAUGCGAGUUGCUUAUCUAGUGCAGCAAGUAUAGGGAGGGGAAGCAAGCUACUUUAUGAAAUGCAAACAAAAAAAAAAAAUAGAUGGGAACUAUUAUUGUGAAUCUUAGAAAAGGUCGUUUCUAUGGAGGUUUACCAAUAGGCAAUGUUUCAUUAAAUGAACGUUUCUUCACGAAACACUAACAUUUUACAAAGAACUGUUUUAUAAAUUGAUACUUAGAACCUCAUUUCUCUUUUAUUUUAAUACAAGCAAGAUUCUCUGUACACAUAGUAUAUACACAAAAUACGAUUAGGCUUUGUAGCAUGUCUUUUAUAGCAGCAUGAAUAUAUUAAACCAUCUCACUCUGGGAAUGUAAAUAAAUAUUGUUUCAACAUCAAACUUCCCAUGCAUAAACUGUAUUGGUUCUGAAAUAGCCGAUUGGACUGGCUGACAAGUGACAAUUUUAAAAUCAAACAUUUGCAACAGAAGGGGCUACAGUUGUGAUUAAUAUAUCGAAAGACAGAAAACAAUGCAUAAUACCAUCUGAAAUGUUGCAAAUCACCUUUCAAACAACUAAGAAUAUUAACUCUUCAUUGGUUAGAAAGUGUCACCAGCUAAAAUCAUAGGAAAAUUGAAACUGGGGAAGCAUGCUAAUGAGAACUGCCUUAAUACACUGCUCAAAGAUUUAGUAGUCUAAAUUUCUUAAAUUAGAUGUAUUUGAAAAUUCUGUUUCAGUUCCAGUUUGAACAGUAUUCUCUUUUCUUAGUACUGCUGGAACUGACAGUAGCACUGAAAUUAGAGAGAAAAGGUAAGUACAAUUCAAAAACAUAAAUUGACAUCUGUGUGUGUUUAGUUUUUUCCUCUUAUUAAUUUCCAGUUUUUAAAAGCAUUUUCUGGAAAGUGUCUCUUUUCACACAUAAUUAUUUGGUUGGAUUAAAAAGAGUGAUGCUUCUUUUAUAAUUUGUCUUUAUACUGUCAGAAGUGCUUUUGCAUUUGGUCACAAUCAAAACAAUUUAUACAAUUCUGUUUCUCAGUAGUUUGGUUUACUUAUAUUUGCUAUAAAUGUUUUGAUACUAUGUGUUUUCUACUGUUCUUAAACAAAUGCCCCUUCUUCUGCCACGGUUGACUAGUACAUCCUCUGUAAGGCCUACACUAGCAGAAAAGGAGGAUGAAAUUCCUGUCAACUACUUGUCUACUUUUGGUCACUUGUUGACAUUAACCACAAUGUGUCUAAAGAAGAUUUAAAGUAAUUUUGUUUCAUCAGUAGUACGUGAGAUACCCUAUUUAGAAUCAUGAAAGCUCAUACUAUAAAUUGCAGUCUUUUUAGUCUAAAUAUGGCUAAAAUAAUUACUUGGUAACAAAAGGGAUUAGUCUUUUAUUGUAAGUACAUGUUGAAAUCUUUACGUCAGUGCUAGUAAAAAAGCAUUUUCUUUUUGCAGAAUAUAUAAAUUCUGUAAACAUUGAUCAGCACACAUAGACUAUAUACUGAAAUUUGUGUAUGCAUGUAAAGUAAGGAACUUUGCCUCCAGUUUCAGUAGCAGGAUUUUGCAAUGCUGAAUUUGAAAGAAUUAAGAUUGCUGAAUUUGAGUGGAAGAUUUGUUGAGACCUGCCCAGAUUUCUUGAGUUUUGAAUGAUUAACAGGCUUUUCAAGAAGGUGAUCUCACUUGAUUUUAUAUGAGAAGUUUCUGGGGUGGGGAGAGGAGAGGAGAAAAAUGACUGACUUGUAUUUGAUUCCAGUGUAAUUGCAGACCAGACUUCACCUGAAAAUAUUACUGAUAUCUGAACUUUAACUACUAGAGUUGUUUCUGCAAAAGUCAACUCCUAGACUUAAAAGAACACUUAGCAUAUUAAAAGGAAAAGCUUCAGCUGUUUCCCUUAGGCCACUAUCUCUGUUGGUAACUGGGGAGUGGUGGUGGGGAGGGGAGAGACUUCUCUAUCAGGCAGCUCAGAACAGAAACUCAAUUAAGAUGCUCCAAAUCAUCCAUUAAAGGCACCAGCGUCCUUCCUUUGACUGCAAGCUUGGCUAAAUCAGAUCAGUAAAGUUAGAUAUAUGCCUUUUCUCCUUUUAUUUUUUCUUUUUUUCUCCUUUUCUUUUACUUUGCUUUUCUUUUUUCUUUUCCUUUUCUUUUCCUUUUUAUUUUCUUUUCUAACCUUACUGUGAUUUUAACUAGAAGUGUAGGAAUACUUUCUCACUGUCACAAUUCUGAUAGUGUAUAUAUAUAUUUUUAAUACAUAACAGGAUUACUUUCCUGAUAAGAAUGUUUUACACACUGAAUCAUUAUGCUUCAGCACCAACUGCUGAAGCACAAUUAAAUAUAUGUAUAUAUUUAUACUAUAUGAGAUAUUUAUAUAUUAAAUUAAAAAAGUUAUUAUCAUUGUAAUUAAAGAUUAACCCUACAAAAUAGAUAAUUAGGCGUGCAAUCAGAUCUUGUCUUUAAGAAAGUCUGAAAAGUAUUUUUCUCUAUUUGCAGAAAUAGUGAUUAGUAAUAGUGCCAAAUCUAAAUAUUUAUCUUUGUCAAUAUAAAGAUACUAAAAUAGGCAGCCUAGUAUAGUAUGAAAUUAUUACACAGCUUUUUCCUGUUUCAGUGUCAUGGAGUCCACCAAAUUUUAGAUCAUAGGAUUUCAUAUGCUUUUUAAGGAAAAGGAAAUAUUUCAGUAAGAAAUAGAGUGGUGAUGGUGAUCAACAAGAAAUUACUUUGGAGUGGGUAGUUUAAAACAUAAAGAACCUUCUUUUUAUGUUUAAUUAAUUGUUCAUGACUAAAAAAAAUUGAUGAGCAAAUCCAAUUUUGUACUGCUAGAAUUCAGUGCAGAAUAGGCAAGCAUGAUAGAUAAAAGUGCUAAGAAUAAAGUAAGAAAAGAGAACACAGAUGAGUUAGAAGAACCAGCUUAAUCUCUAUUAUAUCUGAUAUAAAUCUUUUUUGGGGCUGCGUAGGAACACAUCUCUAGGGUGGUAAGUUAUAAAAAGAAACUCUAUAAAACUACCGUAAGCUCAUAUAUAAGAGUUUGUUAUAUAAAAGUGGAGAAAUAAAUUAUAGACAAAUUGCCAAGCAAUAAAUUUGAUUGAAUAACAUUUGAUUAAAAACAUUCACAAUAAAAAUGGCAUCCACAUAUUUUACAGACAAUAGAUGAACUAAAAUUUUGGUGAAAGAUCCGCAGUAAAUAUAAGUAAAUGUACACAAGAAAUGUUACACUCAAAAAAAAAUCAUUUUUCUGUUCUUCCUCUAGACUAUGUUAUAAAGUUUUUUGAAAUGUGCUUUAUUUUCAUGGAUGGAAUAGAAUUAAAGUCAAAAGCAUCUGGGAAAUAGCUUUCAGCCUGGUGUGUUAAAGCAGUCAGAGACCAAAUGUAACCACAAACCAAAAAAUCUCUAAGAGGCUUUAGUAACUAACACAGGAGGUGGUUUACACUAACCCUUUUACUUUGGAUAGACACUGAUUAAAAGCAGUCAGACCACUCACUGCUAAGGGAAUGAUGGCUCACAUUAAAACCUCUGCAGGUGUCACAGAAUGCAAGUAUGACUUUACAAACCAACAGAGCUUAAAAAAGGUAAUUACUAACAAAUUCAUAAAAGACAGUAAGUGUUAAGGGCAGGGUAUUAGACCCAGGCAGGAACUGUAUGUAUAUACGGUGAGUAACCAGAUAUGUAAGGAGAAGUAAAAAAUAGGUGUCUACUUUUAUUCAGGGUUUGAUGAGUGAAAUUUCAUUUCCUUCUCUACUUAUAGUAAGGGCUACAGAUUAAGAGUUUACAGAUUUCUGUGAAACCAGGUAUACCACUCAAACUCAUUGUGGCUUUAGAAUCAGUCUUCAUUAUUUGGGGCCAAAUCCUUAGGAUAAAUUAUAUAAUUUUACACCUUGAGAAGUAAAAACUGUGGAACUCUCAAAUUUUGAACUCCUGAUACCAGACACAGAAUAUGAAUUUAUGAGUAUUCUAGAAGACUAUUUUAAUAUCUAGGCAGUAAUUUAUGGAUAGAUUUAAAAAUAGUUUCUUUCAGCUCUUAAAUCCUACUUGAUGCUGCUUUUGUGCACAAACCUGUUUGCUUAUUCAUCCCCACUGUCCUGUCCCUUAACAGGUCUGGAGACUGUUACUCUCACCCCCUCCAGUCCCUCCUCAAGAAUUCUGUCUUCCAUGCUGUCUGUGUGACACUAAACAACUGAUAAAGGAUAGACUCAGGCUGCUGAACAGUACUGAUGUGUAUUCAUUUGAAAAGACAUACAAAAAUAACGUUAACAUCUAACAUAUAUACAUGUAAAUGUAAAAAUGUAUCCCAUUCCUUCCAUAUACUGAAAUUCUUUAGAAAAAUAUAGAGCAAGAGCUGACAAGAGCUAUGUAUCACAACUCUUUUUUCUUUCUCUCUUUCCUUCUGUCUCACUGGUUUUAUUAUCUUUUUAGCUCAUUUAAAUAGAAAUUUUACAGCUUGUUUUGUACCACACAUACAUAAAACAACUCUGGAGCUCACUGGGACCUUUACUAUUUCUCAGAUUCAAAGCUCCUGAAACCAGAUACAGAAAUAUGAACUCAUUAGUAUCCUAAUGCAAACAAUAAUUAAAUUUUCUAUUGGCAAAACUUGCAAAGACAUUUCAUCACAAUAACCUUUGAUAUGUCCUCCAGUUGGAGUAUUUUUAAAGCUUCUUACUGAAAUAAUUCUGUUAAAGUGCUUUUCAAAGUAGUGCUCAGCAGGCAGGUGCUAUUAUGCAAUAUGUGUAGUACAAGCUCACAUUACACAUGAUUUGUCACUCAUAAAACAAUAACCGGCGGGAAGUAUCUUAGCAAGGCUAAUAAAAACUUACUAAGUGAGUCUGCCUAAGAAAUACAUGUGGUGUUACUAUGUUGUCUGUACAUAAUUAGCAGCACUAUAGAAAACAUGAUUCAUUAGUUGGAUUAGGACAUGCCUUAUUUUGUGAUAUUUAUAUUCCAUAAAUCAAUAUAUAGCCCAUACUUAAAUACUAGGGCUUGGACUAUGCUCUUUAUUUUCUCAUUUAUUUGUCUAUACAUGGCUACCUACACUCCAUGGUUUUCAUCCACUACUCAGUGCUUUGAAAUUCUGCCAAACGUUCCUUAAAAAAUACUUUAAGAAAGGUGGAAAACAAACACUCUCUGAAGCAAAAGUAAAAAAGAAAAAACAAACACACAAAAAAACCCCAAAACCAAAACCAGCAAAAAAAAUAAUAAGUCAAGGUACUGAAAUGGAAUCCAUAGGUAACUUCUUGGAGGACACAGCUGCCAUAUAACAGCUGUAGGGAGCAACAGCAUUCACUGAAGCUGGUAAAUAGCUAAAGCCAGGCGACACAGAGCAAGACAUUUUAACUUCUCUUCCCAUUUAACUUCUCUUUCCAUUUACAUGUGAUCUGAUAUGAAUCAAACAACAAAGUCUUUCAACAUAGUUUUCCACUGAUACCCUGAAAAUCCUCUUGUAUCAAAAGCCACUGUUUUUAUACUCUCAUAUAUCCAUUUAGUAAUACAACAGAUCUACUUACCUAUACUUCCUUUGUCUACAAUGUCAUGUAGUGAUGUUGAGAAAAAUGCUUAUAAUUUUAUUUCUAGAAAAAUACCCUCUUCCUUGUGUUCCCCACAGUUCAUGCUUUGAGCCACAUACUAACCUUGAAAAACCACAACAGUCAGCAGCACAGGAGAAAUGGCCAGAUACCUGACAGUAGAAUUUCACACUCUUACAUCAUUGUAAAAAAGUGCAUAUAAAGCAUCAGGGGGCAGGGAGGCAAGAGGGACAGGGAGGACAGAGUAUGUUUAAGGGAGUUAAACUGAAUUGCUUGGAUGCUGGAAUAGGAGACUGGAGAAAACAUGCACCUGCCAUAUAUCUUAUCCAUUUCACUAAAAUGAUAUUCAAAAUCAGGCAAUGCUGAUAUUCCCAAAAUUAAAAUAAUAAAUAGAAAGAACUUCCAGCUAAAUUAAUUAUCAUCCCACUACAGUCUUUAUAUAAUGUGCUAUUUACAGGGAAAUACAAAAAGUAUUUCAUUCAUACAGUUACUGCAAAGACUAUAUGUGAUGCAGAACAGCUUUUACACUAGGCAAGGGUAUGGAACCUGUAGUCAAAAAUAAUAGUGAAUUUCCCCCGCUUACCAGUGCAACAGGUGUUCAAUGCAAAACAAACUCUCUUCACUCCCUUUGAUUUCAAUGCACUUUCUCUAGCAAGCUCUUAACAGUAUUUUCACAGUCAUUUUUCUAAGCUCUCACCAGCAUCACAACAGUUUAGGUGAAGGAAAAGCAGUGAGCUGGCUGCAGAGUGGGAAUGCAGAGGAACUGGGAAGUGUAGAAAAAGUGGAGAAGCUACAAAAAUUUAUUUUCCAACAAAAUAACUCUCCACAAGCUGUGUAAACUUUUCUUACUAAAACAAAUACUCUAAACCACAAGGAUUUUACAUUUCCAGUAAAACACAGUAACAUUUCCCUCCUUUUACUCUCUUGAAGUCUCAACAAAGAGCCAGCAGAUUUAUGCUUUCUCAAUUACCUGGGUCAGUAAACUCCCUCAUAUUCCCUGACUGCAAUUUAGAUUUUUAAUGUAAUAGUCAGAAUGAAGAAAAAGACCUGUUUGGCUUUUGAGUAACCUUUGUUUUCUUCAGUAGAUUCUCACACUUUGCUGCCUAACAUGCACACGCACACAUACGCCCAUCCACCACCCACCCGCUCACAUACACACCUCUGCCAUAUGUGCUCUAUUAUUCUGACAACAGAACAAAACCUAAGCUGUGCCCAUUGCGAUUUUGUGACCUCUACAGAGAAGAAUAAUUUAUAGUGGUAAGUUCAAUAUCUUUACCGUAAAUUUAAAAUGCAAAACUGGGUUUGCAAGGUAUAAGAGUUAGACCCUUUAUCUCAAGCUCUCAUUCGUAUUUACAAUAAGUAUAAGCUUUCUGCUACAGAAGAAGUAGUAUUUAGAUUGAACACUGUUACAGAUUUCCUAAAUGAGGCUAGUUCCAGUUGCCAGUAAUUCAAAAGCAAAUCUGCUGACUUGGCAUUAGGACUCUAAAACAGUGUGAUCAAACGCAUAUAGUAAGAAGGUGUCUGCAAGAAAUAACAUUUAUAAACUGUAUAUACAGUACACAGUACCAGUACAUAGAAAAUAGAUUUUGACUUAUGAUCCCCCUGCGUGUAAGGCAAGACUGAAUUCUGUCUUCGAAUGGAGUCCACCAGAGGUACAAGCAACAGAGAGGGGCUCUUAAAUCAAUAUGCAAAUCAAGUGCAUACAAAUUAAAAACCAGAGCAGACAAAAAGUUUUAGAUUUUUUUUUUAUGUGCUGAUUCUGGCUUGCUGAAUACACGGGAAGUCAUUAAACAUCAAAUGUACCUUUUUUUAAAAAACACUAACAACACCUUGAUGGCAACAGAUAUUGUUCAAGUGGCAGCUACCAAAAAACAGCUUGAAAAUGGCAUAGUACAACAUCAGGAAUGCUUCAGUUGUACUACACUAAUUCAUAUAGCACUAACCAAAAAAAUAAGUAUAUGAAUAUUCUAUUUCAUGCUAUUGCUAUGCAAGCAACAGCAAUACAAAUCAGCAUACAGAAGGAUACCAUAUGUUCUGCAAUGAGGAACCCAAAGAUAUUUUCAAGGGGUAUCGUUACAAGACUUCAAAGAAACACAAGACUGCCGGAGGCAAAAGUUACUGACGGAUGUAAACAUCCCUGUUCCAUUCUCCUGUGUCGUUACGCUUCUUCGAUAUCACUUCCCCAUCCUUGUCACAAUAUUGGUCCCUUGAUUUAUGCCGACUACGCUGUUUGUUGCAUUCAUUGUGGUCCUGCUCGCGGUCCCUCUCCUUUGAGCGAUGCCUUGAUUCUCUAUGUCUGUGAUCACUGCUCCCGUGAGACUCGUCUCUAUGAUUGUGAUCCCUGUGAGAAUCAUAGUGGUCACCGUGCUCAUGUGAGUAGUCCUCCUUUGGCUCUACGUAAGCCGAAUCUCUGCUGUCUUGUGUUUCUGAGUCAAAAGUUUCUUGCCUAGAAAGGCCUCUAACACCACUGCGAUGGUUGUGGUGUUGGCUUGAGGAAGAGCGAUGCUGGGACUUCUUGAUGGGCUCAACCCGUGCCUCCUCUUCGAUUUGUGAACUGCUGCGUUCAGGGACUGAAUGGUCAUUCCUCUGGUCUCCUUGAGAUCCCUGCUAUCACAACCAGCAGUAAGUUCACAUAUAUGCAGUACACAUUUAAAAACUUUCCCCAAUAUCAAAUUCAGCUAGAAAGGAUCACAAAACCAAUAAAAUUGAAGUACACAAUAAUCCACUUCGAAUCUAAACUAGAAAAUAAAAUUAAACCAGAAUUCAAGUUUUACUGAAGAUGCAGUAUUAUAAUACAAACAUUUCCUUUCAUCAGAAUGGAAGGUGGUACUUGGGUUAUUCUAUGACACGUUCUUGUCUCUUGUGAUGUUUCUGACUAUUCCAGUUAGCAAUAUUUGCCUACCACACUCCAGA